CAGCAUUCAGUUCAAACACAGCGCAUGCUGGUCCUGCUGGUGUCCAGAGCGGCGGUGUUUUGGACAGCAGGGUGACCGCUGUUAUCGCUAAUAGAGAAGCGCCGUUGUGAGGAAAGCAGUGUUUGCUGUUACGCAAAACAGUCAGCAACGGUCGACAGACUUUCCAGAAGUUUCGUUUCAUGUUGAAGUGAAGCUGCUUCCUGCUUCAUAACAGACCCAGCGCAGUACGGUCUGCGGCUCAGUUCCGUUUCAGACUCAUGUCGUGGUCUUAAACCGCUGAGACAACGUCGUUAAUCACACAGCCACCCUUCAUGUUUCAUAGUUUGUUAAGGAGCUACUAAAUUGAGAAGAAAACCCGCCUGCAGAGCUACGACCUCCGCCACUCGGUCUGGGCUGAUUCGACCAACUUCUUACGCACUUAAAGUUAAAGAAUGUCAGCACAGAAGACAGGAUCACAGAUGUGUAGAUGCAUUACUGUACUCUUUAUUUUAUCUUUAGCAGGAAACAUUUUGCAAUAUAGAAAGAAAUAUGAAUCCAUCCCUGAAAAUCCAAAACCAUCCACAGUGUCUGCAAAACCUGCAAAACCCGAACAUGAUACGAUCAUUCUCAUCUGGUUUUGGCCAUUUGGUAAACAUUUUGACCUGAACUCUUGCAGCUCUAAAUUUCAAAUAGAAGGCUGUUACUUAACUGACGACAGAGCUCUGUAUAAGAAGGCGCAUGGUGUCCUUAUACAUCACCGUGACAUUAGCAGUGACAUGUCAAAUCUGCCCUCUGAACCUCGUCCAUAUUUCCAGAAAUGGGUGUGGAUGCAUUUUGAGUCCCCCAGAAACACCCACAGAAUACCAGGCCUGGAAAACCUAUUCAAUGUAACUAUGAACUUCAGACAGGAUGCAGACAUUUCAAUUCACGAGCAAAUGAUUCUAAAAACCGAAGAUACUAAAGAUGAAAUAUUCCCUGAUGUUUUAAAGAAGAAGGAUAAACUGGUCUGUUGGAUCGUCAGCAACUGGAACGAGCAGUAUGACAGGGUGAAAUAUUACAACGAACUAAAAAAGCACAUCGACAUUAAAAUGUAUGGACACAAAUUUCAUUCACUGGACCAAGAAGGAUACAAUAAUGUGCUCACAACAUGUAAGUUCUAUUUGUCAUUUGAGAACACGAAAUACAAAGACUAUAUAACGGAAAAGCUCUUCAAUCCUCUCUCAAAGGGUUCUGUCCCGGUGGUUCUCGGACCUCCCAGAUUCAUCUAUGAACGGAUAAUACCCAGCAAUUCAUUUAUCCAUGUGGAGGAUUUUAAAACCCAUAAAGACCUGGCUGAUUAUCUACAUUCACUGGACAAAAAUGAGGACCAGUACAAGACGUUUUUUCAAUGGCGAGAAAAAUACGAAAUAAAACAUGUUGAUUUUCCCAGAGAGCAUGCAUGCCGUGCAUGCCAUUACAUUCGUAACAGAAAGAACUUCCAGACUUCUACAAACCUUAAUAAAUGGUACUUUGACAGCACAAAUAUGUUAUGAUGGACUUCAAAAUCCAUCCACCUUCUUUUUUUUUUCUUCACACCUUACCAUUCAAGCACUGAAAUGUAUGCCUUAGAAUUUUUUGAAGUGAUGGUAUUAAAGGCAAUCAGUUUUUUCUAAUUUACUGCUUACUUCAGUCACUAAAAUGUUAGCGCUCUCAUUCACUAUUGCUUCAUGUGGAACGUUCCACAUUUGUCUGGGAUUGUUUGUGGUAUAAUGCAUCUCCAAUUUUUGUCUGUA